AUGGAGAAUGAAAAAAAUACGUGUAUUCAAAAUGAGAGUGAUAUACAAAGAUGUAAAGCAGUAUGGGAUCCUGAGGCAGUGAAUCUAUUCUUGGAUUUUUGCAUCAAAGAGGUUGACGAUGGUCAUCGUACUACUACUUAUUUAGAUAAAAUUGGUUAUGCAAAAUUGAUAACAAAUAUGAAUAAUGCCACUGGAAGAGUUUAUACAAGAGUCCAACUAAAAAAUAAGUGGGAUGGGUUAAAAAAUGAUUGGAAGCAACUCAUUGACAAAGAAACUGAUUGGUGGAAUAGUAAAUUACAGAGUCAUCCCAAUGCUACAAAGUUUCGCAUUCGGGGAAUUGAACCAGAGUUAGAGCAAAAGCUAGAUAGGAUUUUCAUGAACAUUGUUGCUGCAAGAGAGUAUGCUUGGACACCUUCGUCUGGAAUAAUUCCAUCUGAGUCUGAAAAAACUUUUAAUGAUAACAGAACCUUAUAUGAACAACCUGAGAGUAGUGAUGAUGAGCCAGAGAUGGCUAAUAUUGAUAGAAUGCCUGAAGAGGGAAAUAACAAGAGAUCAACUGAGCUGCUUGAGAAACAAAAUAAAAAAAUUAGAAGUAGAACUAUUGAAAUAGCUAGUGUGAGUGGUAUAUCAGAAGUUAUGAAAGUGUUAGAUUCUUUGCUUGGAAUUGAGGUUGGGAGUGACUUGUAUUUCUUUGCAACUCGCUUGUUUAUAGUGAAAGAGAAGAGAGAGAUAUUUGUUUCAUUGAAAGAACCUGAACUCAAGCUUAAAUGGCUCAAGUAUGAGCAUGAUGUUGCCACUCUAGUUUGUUUUACAUUACAAAUAAUGGUAGAUACUGAUGAGGAGAUUGAGUUACAAUAA